GUACCAUUUCACAUUUACAGUUAAAUGUUUACUGUUUUAAUCUUUGGUUGUAUUUCAGAUGUUCACACAUAUUUAACAAGCUUGGCCUUGAAGGCUUUAGAAGAACUCACAUAGAUGUCUUGGGGUCUGAACAAAGUUAUGGAGCACAAGCCAGACCAGUUGAUCAGGCUCCAAGAGAGGCAGUGUUAUGGAUAGCAGUACAUCACAAUGAAAAACGAGCUUUGGAGAUUUUUGCCAUGGAGAUUGCAGCAUCAGCUACUGGAGCUGCUCCAGGACUGACUACUCUUGUAGGUGGGCGUCCCAAACCAGUUCCUGUGCUGAAGUUAUUUUCAUUCUUGUACCCAAAGGACAAAAUUGAAAUAAAUAUUCACGCAGGUGACCAAACAGAAACAUUCCAGCAAUCAGAUAAGAAAGAAGAAGAAUUUUCAGAUGAACCACAAGCUGAAUCUGUAGAAGACUCCUCCCAGCCUGAAGGACCAUUUACAUACAGGCUAGAAGAGCUGGCCUAUACCCGCAGUGGUGACAAGGGAGACACGUGUAACAUUGGUGUGGUUGCUCGUCAUCCUGCGUAUUACCCAUACUUGUGUAACGCUUUAACAGCAAAGACUGUAGAGGAGUAUUUCAAGCACUUGUUUGAUCAAGAUUCUCCACCCAAAGAAAGUAAAGUGCAAAGAUAUCUGCUUCCAGGAAUCGUUGGCAUGAACUUUGUUCUGAAGAGAUCUCUAGGUGGAGGAGGAGUAGCAUCGCUAAGGAGCGACCCACAGGGGAAGGCACUGGGACAAAUCCUGUUAGACUUAAAGCUGGAAAAUUUACCAGGUCUGGAGGACAUCAGAAGAAGUUAAAAACAAUGUCUCUAGUACUAAACAAUAAUUGGAUACGUCUGUUCAAUAAUAAUGAUUAUUAUUUUUACUGAUCAGAUAGCCAACUGGUGCGUGACUAGUCGUCACCGUUUUAUUCCAAAUUAAUAGACAAUCGAUGGUUUAGGGGAACAACUCUCAAUAACAGCUAAAAUAAGAAGAGUUUGGGAAGGUUUCAUAUGAAAUGUAUUAAAAAGUUUAUAAUUUUUAUGUAAUUAUUAGAUCGUUAAAAAAAUA